GUGAGAGCAUUUGCCGAGGGCUAGGGCUGCCCCCUCGCGCCUCUUCUCCGCGGCGCGCGCGGGGUCUUUUUGUGUGUGUGUGUCUGUAAGCCCCGCCCCUUCGCCUGUGUCCCGUGCUUCUUCUUGAGGCUGCCGCAGUGAACUCUUGAGUCUUCCAGGUGGUGGAAGGUGCUUGUUAUUGUUGCUGCUGCGAGUCAGCCUUGGCGCGCGCGCUGGCGGCAAAGAAGCAGCAGGGGCCACGAUGUUCGAGAGCCUGCGCGAGCGCCUCCUGAGCGUCCAGCAGGAUUUGACCUCAGGGUUGAAGACUCUGGGUGACAAAUCAAGAGAAGCCAAAAUAAGUAAACAGAGAACUGUACAAUGUUUGCCAGAGUUUUCUGCUGGGUUAGUUCUGCUGAGCAGGUAUGAAGAUAAUUGGGCAUCUCUUCACAGAGGAGCAAAAGAAUGCGCAAAAGCUGGAGAGUUGGUGGACAGCGAAGUUGUGAUGCUCUCUGCUCACUGGGAGAAAAGGAGAAGCAGUCUCUUAGACCUCCAGGAACAGCUCCAGCAAAUUCCAGUCUUCUUAGCAGAUUUGGAAUCCACAACAGCUACUCUAAUCCAGUUGGAAGCAAACUUUAAGGAAAUGGAAGAUCAUUUACUAUAUCUUGAGAAGCUCUGUGGACAGUAUGAGUUGGAGAGAUACAAACAUAUGCAAGUGCUACAGCUAGAAAAAUACAAAAAGACAAAACGGAAAGAACUUGAAGUCUUCAAAGGUGAACUUGAUGCAGAACAUGCUAAAAAGGUUCUGGAUAUGGAGCAAACUCAGCAAAUGAAGUUGAAAGAGCGGCAGAAAUUCUUUGAAGAAGCUUUCCAGCAGGACAUGGAACAGUACCUCUCAACAGGCUAUCUGCAAAUAGCUGAAAGACGAGAGCCAAUAGGAAGCAUGUCUUCUAUGGAAGUGAAUGUUGACAUGUUGGAACAAAUGGAUCUUGUGGAUAUGUCUGACCAAGAAGCCUUAGAUGUAUUUCUCAAUUCAGGAGGAGAGGACAGCGCUAUGCCAUCUCCAAUGUUAGGGUCAGACUCCAGCAACUGUCAAAAUGAAAUCAGUCUGAAAGUUCCCCCUCGGUCAGAGUUGAAGGUGAAUUUAUCUUCUUUACCAUCCACUUGGACUGAUUCUGCCGGCCAAGAUACCAGUGAAGGAGAGUCACCUGUGAUCCAGUCAGAUGAAGAAGAUGUGCAAGUGGACACUGCUCUUGUUGCUGUAAAUACAGAAAUCAAAGGUGCUUCUGACAAUAGUGAUGAGAGUGAUUCACAAGUGAAUUGAGUGUUAUGACAGUAUUCUAUAAGAAUUAGGACUCUGGAAUGUAUGAGUUAAGGAAUGAUUCAGUUUGUCUGUUCUCACUAUGGUGUUCUAUCAUGAAAGAGAUUACCUUAUAAAAAUUUUGAGUUGGACAGUCUUGUGAAAUUCUAAUUUUAUAUAUAUAAAAACUUGAAGCACACCACUAGCAAUAAAAUAUUGGCUUUUGAACAGUACGUUUUGUAUUCUAGAGGGUUAUCCAAAGAAAGAGUCAUGAAAGGGUUUAUUUUGAAACAAAAACAUGAUCCAAAAGCCAUGUCUGUUUUUUGUAGUCGCAAUGUGCAUGUCUUAAAUGUUGUGGCUAAAGUCUGAAAAUAUCUGCUGCUUAUACACUGCCUCCAGUGCUUUUACUAUUUCAGUGUUAGAUGCAAAUCCCAGUGCAAGAAAGAGCAAUUGUAUUGGCCUUUUCACUUCCUUUCUGAUUUAACAUGUUUCACAUGCCUAAAACAAACUGGCUGUACUGGGAGAUAAAUUAGUGAUACCUGAUAUUCUCAGUAUAUUGGAGAGUUGUACAUGUUGUUGAACAUGUCUUUUCUUCUGGCAACAUAUCAAUAACCAUCUUACUGUUAUUGCUUGUAUUGUUUUUUAACAUCUUGACCUUAACCACACUAGCUGCCAAAAGGCUGCAUAGUUCUAUCUUUCCUGACAAUGGUUGGGUUUAUGUACUAACUGCCAAUAUACAGCACUGUCCAGUAGAUUUUGUGUUGUCUAUCAUGGACUUUUGAAAUUGGACAUUCUACAUAGGCAGCUAUUCUCUAACAGGGAACUUUAAUUUCAUUAAGUAGGUUUUUGGAGAAGAACCCUUUGGUUUCAAAAUGAGGGAACGGGAAGAGUGGGAGCAGAAGAGAUGGUGGAAGUUUCUUGCCGUUCAUAAUUUACCACAGAAUCAAUGGGAAAAAUCCUGCAUUGGAGCAUAACAUCGCCAUGCCCCCAGAAGGUAGUUUUCAAUCUGAGAAGCCAGCUGCUUUUGUGCAGAAAAACAGACUCACUCUCUUGGAUGUCCAGUUCUUUCCUGAAGACCCAGGAGAAUGAUUCCCUUUUCCUACCCCCAGCUGUUGCAUUGCAGCCGGGAACUGCAUAUUCAUCUUGCAGCUGAUAGACAGGCAGCCUCUCUCUAUGCUUGAAAACUGCCUUGGGUUGGGGGACAUUUUGUGAGAAGCUAGUGGAUAAUGCCUUGUACAGUGACCCCUGAAAGACAUAAAUGUGUGUAACUCAGAAUAUUACUAAAAGGAUUUAGCCAAUGUCUGAAGCCCACCUUCACAGCCUGGAGCCUACAGAUAUGGGUGGACUGUAACUCAAAUUAUCUUUAGUUGGCUCAGGACAAUGUUGAUGGGUAGGAAAUACAAUACAGUAAAAUACAUAGGGCCAGAUGGUCCCAUUGCUGCUAUAAGUGGUGAAUAAAUUUUGUAAUUAUAAAUGAAAGCUAGCAAUGACUGCUCUGCUUUACACCUUUCCUAGACUACUAGAAUGGCCGUAAUUUACUAAUAGGUACUUUACUUCUCUUUCAGAAGAAAGACAAAAUGUCCAAAAAGUGUGUUUUUAUUAAACCUUGUAUUACAAACCUGAAAAGUAAACAAAAACUGGCAAUAAACAUGUUUCUUUCCUUACAAGGAAAAAAGAGUAGAGCAGCGCUAAUAAAUUAAAUGUCAAACUGUAA